AUGCUCGUUUUACCCGGCUCACUUGCUCUCUCUGAGUUUAAGGAAAAAUUUCUUUUAGCCAAUAUCCAAAAAGAUUAUCCAGAUAUAAAAUCGAUUACAGCAAUUUAUGUACAUUUUAUUGAACCAAAAAAUGCCGCUGCAGAAGAAACCCUCAAUAAUAUUGAGUCUUUUGAGCGUAGAACCCUUGAAAGCUUGCUUACUUAUGGUACUAAAAUCGAUGAUGUUAGAUCCCGAGAGGCACUCAUGAAAUAUGAAAACGCUUUAAAGAAUUCAGUUGGUGCAAUUACAUCUGAUUUUUUUCUCGUUAUUCCUCGACCUGGAACGAUUUCUCCAUGGUCUUCAAAAGCUACCAACAUUGCACACGUGUGUAAUUUGGAGAGAACUAUAGAAAGAAUUGAACGUGGUAUAACUUAUCUAUUUGAAACGAAGCUUCACAACAGUGCAAUAUUUAACGAUGCCAAUAUCCUUAAGCGCAUUUCCAAUCAUCUUUAUGAUCGUAUGACACAAGUAAUUUUAUCGAAAAUCCCAACAGCUGACGUAAUUUUCAAACAUGGGACACCGGGGCCCCUAAAAAUAAUUUAUCUUAAUGAUGGUGAAAAGAUUAUUUCUAGUAAUUUAGAAUCUGCACGACAUAAACUCUAUAAUGCUAACAAAGAGCUUGGGCUUGCUUUGGCUGAUGACGAAGUUGAAUACCUUGUAAAUGCAUUUGUUGGAAAUUCUUCAUCUAAUGAAUGUUUAUUUAGGAAUCCAACAGAUGUGGAAUUAUUCAUGUUUGCGCAAGUUAACUCUGAACAUUGCCGCCAUAAAAUUUUUAAGGCCGAUUGGAACAUCGACGGAACACACAAACCACACUCCUUGUUUGACAUGAUCCAGAACACUCAUAUCAAAAAUCCACAGUAUACGAUUUCAGCUUAUUCCGAUAAUGCUGCAGUCUUAGAAGGAUUUAAUGCUACAAGAUAUGCGCCGGAUUUUAAUAGCCAAUUCCAAUAUACUAUGAGCAAAGAAAAGGUUCAUAUUGUUGCAAAGGUGGAAACACAUAAUCAUCCAACUGCUGUAUCACCUUAUCCUGGAGCAGCGACUGGAUCUGGGGGUGAAAUACGUGACGAAGGUGCUGUUGGUCAAGGGUCUAAACCUAAAGCAGGAUUAACAGGUUUCUGUGUUUCUAAUCUUCUAAUACCAGAAAAUCGUCAACCUUGGGAGACUGAUUUUGGAAAACCAUCACAUAUUGCAUCGGCUCUGGAUAUCAUGAUUGAAGCUCCACUUGGUGGCGCUGCAUUCAAUAAUGAAUUUGGACGUCCUGCUAUUCUUGGAUAUUUUCGAACAUUUGCUGAAGAGGUUUGUAGUUCGCCUGCAAAAUAUGAAAUUCGAGGGUAUCACAAACCAAUAAUGAUAGCAGGGGGUAUGGGUACGAUAAGACCUGAUCAUGUUUUUAAGAAACAGAUAUCUAUAGGAUCUCAUUUAUUUGUAUUGGGUGGUCCUUCAAUGUUGAUUGGCUUAGGAGGUGGUGCAGCAUCUUCAAUGGCUAGUGGUGCUAGCUCAGUUGAACUGGAUUUCGCAUCGGUUCAGCGUGACAAUCCUGAAAUGCAGCGUCGUUGUCAGCAAGUAAUUGAUGGAUGUACUAAUUUAGGGUAUUUAAAUCCUAUUGAAUCCAUUCAUGAUGUAGGCGCGGGCGGAUUAUCGAAUGCUUUACCAGAACUUGUACAUGAUAGUAAUUUGGGAUGUAUUAUACAAUUGCGAAAUAUUCCGAAUGAUGAUCCAAGUAUGUCACCCAUGGAAAUAUGGUGUAAUGAAUCUCAAGAAAGAUAUGUUCUUGCUAUAGCACCCGAAAAUAUUAAAUUAUUCGAGGAAAUUUGCUCACGUGAAAGAUGUCCAUUUGCCGAUGUAGGAAUUACGACAAAAAAUCAAGUUUUAGUAUUAGAAGAUUCAUUAUUGAAAAACACACCAAUUAAUUUACCAAUGCAAAUUCUUUUUGGAAAACCACCGAAAUUAUCACGUACUAUAAAUACUCUUAAACCUCAACUUGUCCCAUUUGACAUCAGUUUGAAACAAUAUUUAUUACCGCGAGAAGAAAUCACUCAAGCUAAAUUAAUUGAGGAAUCAUUAUAUCGGGUUCUUCGACUUCCAACAGUUGCUUCUAAAUCUUUCUUAAUUACAAUCGGUGAUCGUACUGUUACUGGACUAGUGGCUCGUGAUCAAAUGGUUGGUCCUUGGCAAAUUCCUGUCUCUGAUGUCGCUGUUACUAUUUCUUCUUAUGGCAUUGAUGUAAUAACCGGUGAGGCUAUGGCUAUGGGUGAACGCACCCCUAUAGCUUUGAUAUCCCCAGCAGCAUCAUCUCGUAUGGCAGUUGCUGAAACUAUUACAAAUAUUGCUGCUGCAUAUAUACAAGAUAUAUCUCAAAUUAGAUUAAGUGCGAAUUGGAUGUGUGCAGCAAAUCAUUCUGGUGAGGCUGCUGGCCUUUAUGAAGCAGUUCAGGCAAUUGGAAUGGAACUUUGUCCUAAACUCGGUAUUAGCAUCCCUGUAGGAAAAGAUUCAAUGUCGAUGAAAAUGAAAUGGCAAGAAGACGGAAUGGAAAAGGAAGUCACCGCUCCUUUAAGUCUCAAUAUUACAGGAUUUGCACCGGUUCUUAAUGUACAUAAAACUUUAACUCCUCAAUUAAAAAUUAUUGAUGAACCUACAAUUAUUGUGCUUCUUGAUCUGGCAAAAGGAAAACAACGAAUAGGCGGUUCAGCCCUCGCACAGGUUUUCAAGCAAAUAGGCGAUGAAGCCCCCGAUGUCGAUGACGUCAAAUUAUUAAAGGAUUUUUUUAAGGGUAUACAAUAUUUAAGGGGAGAGAAUGAUGAUCUCAUUUUGGCAUAUCACGAUAGAUCUGAUGGCGGAUUGAUUGUGACACUUGUGGAAAUGAUGUUUGCCGGAAACGUUGGUAUAUCUGUGGAACUUUCGACAAUUGUUGGCAAUGACGGAAACCUCCUUAAAUCAUUAUUUAGUGAAGAAUUGGGUAUACUAUUGCAACUUCGAGAAGUAGAUAUUCAAAAAUUUAUAAAUAUUUUUGAGGAGACUGGAUUUUCUCAGAAAUACAUCCAUAAAAUUGGAAAAGUGACAAAUACGCAAUUCUUGACCUUAAUGUUGAAUGAUCAAAUAAUUUAUGAAGCAUCUCGCAUUGAUUUGCAACGCGCUUGGUCCGAAACUUCUUUUCAUAUACAGUCCUUGCGUGACAAUGCAGAUUGCGCAAAAGAGGAAUUUGACGGAAUAUUGGAUGCAAAUAAUCCUGGCUUACAUUUUGAUUUAUCGUUUGAUCCUGCAACAGAUGUUCUUUCAUCAUCUUUAUUAUUAAAAGCUCCUAUUGAGCACAAACCAAAAGUUGCAAUAUUACGAGAACAAGGAGUAAAUGGACACAAUGAAAUGGCCUUUGCAUUUCAUUUAUCUGGUUUUUUGGCUGUUGACGUUCACAUGUCAGAUAUUUUAUCAGGAAAAGUAACUUUACGUGAUUUCAAGGGAUUAGCAGCCUGUGGCGGAUUCUCCUAUGGGGAUGUACUUGGUGCUGGCGCGGGUUGGGCUAAAUCAAUAUUACUUCAUCAAAAUGCACGACAUGAAUUUUUUCAUUUUUUUAAUAAUCGUGAUGAUACUUUUGCACUUGGUGUGUGUAAUGGAUGCCAAUUUUUUAGCCACUUAAAGGAGUUAAUACCGGGCGCCGAUAAUUGGCCCUCGUUUAAACGUAACAAAAGUGAACAAUAUGAAUCCAGAUUUACCUUAGUAGAAAUUGUCAAAUCUAGUAAAAAUAACAUCGGAGGUGGUAAAAGGAAUUCGAUUUUCUUUAACGGAAUGGAAGGCUCUAUUUUACCAAUUGCAGUCGCACAUGGUGAAGGCAGAGCGGAGUUUAACUCACAGGAACAAUUAGAUUUAUUAAUACAACAGGACCUUGUAACAAUAAGAUAUGUUGAUAAUUAUGGAAAGGCUACUGAGAAAUAUCCAUUUAAUCCAAAUGGGAGUGUUGGUGGUAUUACCGCAGUGCAAACGCCAAACGGAAGGUUUCUAGCGAUGAUGCCACACCCGGAACGUGUUAUUCUUAAAAAGACAAAUUCAUGGUAUCCACCAGAUGCUGGGAAGAAUUGGGGAGAAUACGGACCUUGGUUAAGGAUUUUUCAGAAUGCAAGAGUUUGGGUUGGAUAA